AUGAAUCCACCAUUACCAUCGCUGACCCGGACCUGGCACAAUGCCUCCUACCCAGCCAUUUCACCUCACCGACCCGAGUCGGCUGCCACAGGCAAGACGAUCAUCAUUACUGGUGCAGGAAGUGGCAUCGGCCGCGCAACCGCACAGUCGUUUGCUAAAGCAGGAGCACAGAAGAUUGUGCUGAUCGGGCGAACUGAGGCCAGCCUUCGAGAGACCGCCAAAACUCUGACCUGUAACACCUCGGUUCAGGUGGCCGAUGUAACAGAUGAAGAAGCGCUAUGUGCUAUUGCUGCUGCCACUGGUCAGUGGGACGUGAUGGUCCUCGCUGCGGGAUACAUUUCCCCCCGGCUUCGAUUAGGGACGCGUCGGUGGCCGAGUGGCGGCAAAACUUCGAGCAUGGUCAUGUCGCAGGUUUUUCUCCCCACGGCUAAUCCUGACCAUGCAACCAUCGUUGCUCUUACUGCGGCGGUGGUGUUCCCGGCGGCUCGAUUGCAGAAAAUGUCAGGAUACAUCACCUCAAAGCUGGCUGUGGUCAAGUUGGUCGAGUUCUUGGCAGCAGAAAACCCCAAUCUGGUCGCGGUUGCACUUCACCCUGGCAUGAUUGACACGAAGGUGUUUCGUGAAUCGGGUGCUGAUCCCCAUCAUCUUCCUAUGGACACAGUGGAGCUGCCUGGGGAUUUUACUGUCUGGCUAACGAGCCCUGAAGCCGCCUUCCUAAGCGGUCGCUGUGCCUGGGCCAACUGGGACGUGGACGAGCUCAAAGCCAAGGCAGAUGAAAUCAAAUCGGGUCUGCUGCUGACCUCGGGCAUUUAUGGUUGGCCAUUCCAUUCUCCUUAG